AUUAUUCUGAUGGUGACUAUUGUAGUGAUGAUGUGGUGACUAUUCUGGUUAUGGUGCAGUGACUAUUAUAGUACUAUGAUGACGAGUGGGGGAAGAAAUUGUAAUAUAAUCUGCAUUACUAACAUUGGUCGCUGGAUGUGUUUGAUGCUGAGCUGAGGUCGAACUACUGCGUAUGCGUCCAGCAUAUUGUUGCGUUUUGUUCAACAUUACUACCUCAUGUGAUAAUAAGUGCUGUAAAAAAAUAUGCGAAAAAGAUAAUUGAACUUAUAAAGUGCAGUACGAUGCAGAUGAGCAAAGUAUCAAGUCAUAUAGAGUAAUCUUUUUCAUAUAAAACCUCAGUAUAUCAUGGCUGCAUACAAAGCCAGGUUGCAGGAGUUUGACACGGUGUUGAGUCAAGGUGUGAUAGACAUAAAGAAAGUGCGCAAGCUGUGUUUUAGUGGGGCUCCUGAUGAAGCUGGUCGACGAGCAUUAUGUUGGAAGCUGCUACUUCAUUACCUUCCCCUCGAUACCAGCCAGUGGAAUGACACACUUAACAAAAAGAGAGCACAGUAUCGCCAUUUUGUGGAGGAGAUGGUAGUUGAACCAGCUCGACUGAGUAAGAACGGCAGCGGAAACAACCAUGUAGAUGACCAUCCCCUUAAUCCUAACCCAGAUUCUCCAUGGGGAUCUUACUUCAAAGACAAUGAAGUUCUAGCACAGAUUGAUAAGGAUGUCAGACGGUUGUGUCCAGAUAUAAUGUUCUUUCAGCGUGGAACAGAAUUCCCUUGCAAGUUGAUAGUGGAUGAUCCUGAAGUGGAGAGACUUCACCGUCGAGUCACCCAUUCCUCCUUAUCUGCCUCCUCAGUCACAAGAAAAGGACUAGGUAUUACAAAGAUGGAGUCUUCAAACCGUAGGUCUACCACUACUGAGGAUUACCAUCCUCUCCCACCUGGAUCUGAAGCUCAUUGGGAGGUAGUAGAGAGAAUCCUAUUUAUUUAUGCCAAGCUCAACCCAGGACAGUCCUAUGUACAAGGCAUGAAUGAAAUUAUUGGUCCUAUUUACUUCACAUUUGCCAGUGACUCAAAUGUGUCUCAUAGAGAAAAUGCUGAGGCUGAUUGUUUUUGGUGCUUCAUCUCAUUGAUGGGCGAGAUACGUGAUUUCUUCAUCCGAACCCUUGAUGAAAGUGAGAGCGGCAUUGGUGCCAUGAUGGAACGUCUUAUGUCUAACCUUAAACAGCACGACUAUCAGUUGUGGAACCGUCUGAGAGUUCAAGAGCUACGACCUCAAUUCUUCAGCUUUAGAUGGCUGACCUUGCUACUGUCUCAGGAGUUUGACCUUCCAGAUGUGAUUCGUGUCUGGGAUUCCCUUUUUGCUGAUGCCAAUCGUUUUACAUAUUUGAUCCAAGUUUGCACGGCAAUGAUGGUGAUGCAGAGGGAUGUGAUGAUGCAAAAUGACUUUGCAUGCAAUAUGAAAAUUCUCCAAAAUUACCCACCUGUGGAUGUACAGGUGUUACUGAGCAAAGCUACUGAACUUGUAGAGAAUCCUGGUGAGAAUUGUUGUGAUACCACUAACACAGAAGAAUCAAGUUGACCCUUGGAACAAAGUGGCAGAGACAAGUAACAUUGGUAGUUAGGCCUGGGAGGUGGGUUGUUGUUACAACUUUUUUAUACUUUGUACAAUACUGUUUUGUAGCAAAAGUGCACCAUGUUAGCUUGUGCAGUUGCCAAUAUUGUGGCUUCAAGUAGUAUGGCAUAAAUAAUAGGAAGAUGCCAAAGUUAAUUAUUGUAUAUAGGCUGGCAUACAUCAGGUCUUACUGGCAUACCUUAUUUAUGUUAACAGAUGUUUAAACUUAUUUCCAUUAAUAUAAUAAAAGAACAUAAAAAUAAUAAUAAAUACACUUCUCUGUUAUUAUGUUAACAGAAAUCGGUUUGAAUGUGUUUUCAAAUAAGUAAUAUACUUUUGUAGGGACGGAUGUGUAUGCCACCCUCUUCACUGGGUAGGUACUGGGUCACAUGGCUUAAAUGGUAUAUAAUGAACUAACAUCUAUGCAUGAGAAAUAUGCAGAAAUUUUUUUCCAGCUGGUGGAGUGUCUUGACUAUUUAUUAAUUAGUUACAUUGUUUACCUAAAAAUAGUUUAAUUAACCUUAUUACUUAUUCAGGUAAAUGUAACCAAUAUUUUUAAUUGUUAUGUUUACAUAUUUAAAUAUGCUGUGACAUUGGUGUUGUGACUUAUAUAUAUAAUAUACAUGUAGAUGUGUUUUAUAACAAUGUUGAUAAAGUAAUUAAUAGCAGUAUGUUAUUAAAAGAACAAAAUGUGUUCUUAUUUUGAAGAUCUACAUUUUACACCAAAUUUAAUCUAACAUACUCUUAUGAUUCAGGCUUCAUAUAUAAGCACUUAAUUUCUUUACAUAUCAAAUAUAUAUUUUAUUCCUGUGAGUGUACCCAAAGGGACGAACAUUCAAAUGCUAUAUUAUGGUACCAUUAAUAUCUGUUUGAUUUAUGUUUUUUUUUUUUAACACAUUGGCCGUUUGUUAAAUAGGUAACGAGAAUUCCUUAAAAUCAUUUUUAUAUGUAGCAGUUCGAAGAUGGCUUUUUGUGGUUGCUAUAUCUUCAAAGCAGAUUCUCAUUAACUCCUGUGCACUAGUGAAACUACAUAGCAAAUAGUGAUUUUCCGUUAAGAAUUUUUUGUUAACCAUCUUCAGGAUUCUAGUAUUUUAUUGUACAAUAUUUUAUUGGUUUUCUUCGUUUAAUUUU